AAUGGUCCUCGAGAAACCCAAUCCUAGAAAUCGAGAGACGAGAGAAGCCAAUGAGGGUCACCUUCUCCGCCGUUGUUGCCCCUCCUCCCUCUCCUUCCGCUCCUCGGAGGCAUCCACAGAUCCUCAAGCAACCCCGCUCCCAUCCACACCUCCAUUGCGUUCCACUGUCAGCAUCCCCAGGGACGUCAAGAAUCCGCCGCAUCGUCGGUGUCUUGGAAAAAGACGCGCCGGAGGUGGAAACAGCUGCUGCGGUAGACGCUGAUGGAGGAGAAAGCGAGAUUGGAAUCAAUGGGUUUGCGGUGGAGACUGUGGAAGUUGCCCGGGAUUCACCUCGGAAGGUACUUGGGAGGAGCAAGAAGAUGGCCCAAGAAGAGGAUGAUAGUUCUGAUAGGUAUAAAUUGCGGAAUGGGAGGGAGAUAUUUGAAGAGAAAGCAUAUCUAGUUGGGGUUGAUUGCAGAGGCAAGGAAGAUGCUUUAUUUAGCACUGAAGAUUCUUUGAAGGAGCUUGCGCAGCUUGCAGACACAGCUGGCCUUUUGGUUGUUGGUUCAACUUCUCAAAAGCUUGCUGCACCAAACCCAAGGACAUACAUUGGAUCUGGCAAGGUUGCCGAAAUCAAGACUGCAAUCCAUGCCCUUGACGUUGAGACUGUGAUCUUUGAUGAUGAAUUAUCAGCAGGGCAACUACGCAACUUGGAAAAAGCAUUUGGUGGGGAUGUUCGGGUAUGUGACCGCACUGCCUUGAUUCUGGAUAUCUUUAACCAAAGGGCUGCUACACAUGAAGCAUCUUUACAGGUUGCUUUGGCACAAAUGGAAUACCAACUUCCUCGACUAACAAAAAUGUGGACCCACCUUGAACGUCAAGCUGGAGGCAAAGUUAAGGGUAUGGGUGAAAAACAAAUUGAAGUAGACAAGCGUAUUUUACGCACUCAAAUAAGUGCUUUAAGGAAAGAGUUGGAAUCUGUUAGGCAGCAUCGUAAACAAUAUCGCAACCGCCGCUUGUCAGUACCAGUUCCAGUUGUUUCCCUAGUUGGAUACACAAAUGCUGGGAAGAGUACGCUGCUGAAUCAGUUGACUGGAGCUGAUGUUCUUGCAGAGGAUCAAUUAUUUGCGACUCUAGACCCAACUACACGAAGAGUUCAGAUUAACAAUGGGAUGGAAUUUCUUCUAACUGAUACUGUGGGAUUCAUUCAGAAGCUUCCUACUAUGCUGGUUGCAGCCUUCAGAGCAACGCUUGAAGAAAUUUCCGAAUCUUCACUGUUAGUCCAUGUUGUUGAUAUUAGUCAUCCGCUUGCUUCACAACAAAUAGAUGCUGUUAACAAAGUUCUGGGUGAUUUGGACGUGGAAUCGAUUCCAAAGUUGAUGGUUUGGAAUAAGGUUGACAAGGCUGAUGAUCCAGAGACCGUAAAAAUUGAAGCAGAAGAGAAAGGUGCAAUUUGUUUGUCAGCCAUAUAUGGUGAUGGUUUAGAACAAUUCUGCUUUGCUGUUCAGGCAAAACUUAAGGAUGCAAUGGUGCCAGUAGAAGCUUGUAUCCCAUAUGAUAAAGGGGAACUCCUAAAUACCAUCCAUCAGGUUGGAAUGGUUGAAGCAACGGAGUACACAGAGAAUGGGACUGUAAUUCGAGGACACGUUCCUCUUCCGCUUGCAAGACUGCUCACACCAAUGAGGCAGCGCGUCACAGGAACUCACUAAUAAAUGGAUAAGUCGGUUUAGUUGAUGAACGGAACCGCAAAUUCAGAGACAUAACCUUGUGUAUCAUUAUUCUAAACAGAUGAAACAUAGAACUUGAUACACAAUACAGCAUCAUAUCAAGGAAGGUUGGGGAUUAUCAAAUGACUUGUGAUCAAUACAAUAGUAGGCGACUGAUGGAUUUGAGCUUGGCGUCGUCGGAGUUUCUGUUAGUGUAUCACAAUAUCUGAUUCAAUGAGAUCUGAUGAUAUCCCAUAUAAAUAUAAAUAUAUGCUUGAUCAGACAACAUUGCAUGCAGAUAAUGCAAUGGAGUAUAUGUUUGUUUGCAUACACAA